AUGCGUACGUCUCACGUCAUCACCAACCUGGGUUCCAAUGUGAUGCUCAAUAUGGACAGCUUUGCAGUGGGUCAUGUAUAUAAACGAAUCUGGUCUCAGGUAGUUCUUGGUUCCACAAGUGGUCUAAUGAUUAUUAUGGUCCUUGCUGUGCUGUACUCCGUGUAUGCUUUGUGCCUUCCAUAUGGAGACAGCAUCAGCCUUGGCAUUUUGCUCUCUGUCAUGCUACAUUCGAAAAGUACAGAGGAAUACUCGGCUUCCCGAUCCGCAAGGCGAAGGUGCGUGGAGAGGAUGCAGCAGCUGCGCCAGAAAUGGGUGUCUCGUUCCACGCUCUUUGGUGUGGUUGGUUCUCUGCUAUCUUUAGGCCACUUUUUCAUGUAUGCAUCCAUGCAGGGUGUGAUGUUAUUGGGUCUCAACAAACUCUUCCUGGGGGUCCGCAGGAGACGGAACGGUGCCAACCGUGUCGGGAAGGCCAUGUAUGGGGUGGGUGAGAAGGGGGUAUUUCUCACGUCCACGUCCAUGGAGCAGGCCAUUAUGCGUUUGCUGACGGUGAGCAUCCUCGUCACCAUUGCCCAUUUCAUGAUUGGGUUUUUCUUCUUUUUUCAGCUGCACGCCGUGCUACUGGUUGUGUUCGCCAUCACCGUUAUGGUCAUGUCGGAGGAACGUUUCACUGCUGUGAUGUGGUGCCUCUGGCGAACCGCACUCAUACUUUUCUUUACGGUGGCACUCUCGUACAACAUGGCGGCGGAUGUCCUCUCUGUCAGCGACGCGGUAAAGCGAGCGACCUCGGCCGUCGUGCAUGCCAGAGACCAGUGGUCCAACGGCAGUACGUCCGCUUUGGCUGCAGGUAGCACGUUAUUUCCUGACACUGCGAGGUACACGGCGGCGGCGACGACCUCGGUUUUCUCGUCGUCUACAUCCAUCGCGAGCAUUGAGGAGAUGAUUAUGGCGAAGCUCCAGCAGACGGUGUUAAAGGAGCUUGCCGACACACUCAAACAGUCAAACGUCACGGAACUUGCUGUCGCCGUGCGUCGGGUUGUUUCCCCUCUGCUAACGAGAUCUCCAUCCGAGAUGAGUAUUGGUUCAUUGCGGAACAUAAGCAGUGAGGUGUAUACCUCCCUCUUUCGGUCUGGUGGUCCUCUACGCAAGGUGGAUUGGGUCAGUGUGUUGCAGAAUUCACUGCAGCGUUGGCGGCCCGUGCUUGUUUCUUUAACUCAACUUUUGUUUGAGUUGGGAUCGAACGUGAUGGGGUUCUUUGACUCCGUGUAUGCGAGUAUCCUGUUUGUCUGUGUCCUUCGCUACUUUCUGCAGCUGGAACACACGAUUCUAUACUACGUGGUUGCCAAGAUGCUCCGCGUCAUUCACUCACGCGACGGGGAGCGACAUGCGCGAAUUAUAGAGCGCGAAAUCACUGUGUCGUUUCGGACCCUCCUACAGUCCUUUUGGCAUCUCUCCUGGUUUCACUUCUGUAUUACAUUCUGUCUUUUCAGUGCGUGGUCCUUCCCCACCCCUUUCUUCUGUGGGGUGAUUUCCACACUCACCGCCGUGUUCCCACUCACACCAAAGUGGGUCUCGCCCGUCGCACUUGCGUUGGGGUGUGUUCUCUUUAGUGCCGUAAGUACCCAUGGGUUUCCCGGCGCUGUCGUUGAUCAGCGUGUGUGGAGUUGCCUCCUCGCGUUUUUGGCGUCGUACUUGGAUGAGUGGUUGCUUUGCGUUUCGCGUGGGUUGCGCGGAGAUUCGUUAAAGGACGCCGCAGGGGUGGAGCGGGAGCAGAUGCCAACGUUUGUUAUUGGCACUGCCGUUGUGCUUGGCUAUGUGCGGUACGGAGUGCGUGGGAUUCUGUUUGGGCCCAUGACUGUCAUUCUGGCGAAGGUGUUGUUUGACAACUGGGACAUGGUCACAGAGUGCGAGGCGCCGCCCCCUGACGCACGUUGCUCUGCGGAAAAAAAUCCAUCAGUUUUGCAUGAGUGGCGUGAUGUACGUGUUUCAUGCAGCCAACAGGAACAUGGUCGUGGUCGUGGUGGUGUAUGA